UUGAGUGAUGAUUAUUUAGAUAAUUUACCUAAUUUAAGUACUUAUUGUGAUACAAAAUUUUUCAGAAAUUCUUCUUCGUUCUCAUCGAAAAUUAUCAGUCGAAAAUUAUUGAAACCUAUAAAGAAAAACUUUUCACCACUGGAAUGGAAUAAUUUUUUCGAUAAGAAAUUAUUCAUUGAAAUUGGCGAAAAUAAUACAUUUUGUGCUUAUGUAAAAGGUGAAAAAGGGCCAAUUUUAUAUUUUUUACAUGGUGGCGGUUAUUCAGCGCUUACGUGGGCUUGUUUAACCGAAGAGUUGUCUGAAUUAAUCGAAUGUCGUAUCUUUGCCGUAGAUCUUCGAUGUCAUGGUGAUAGCACAACUUCAGACGAUUACGAUUUAUCUGUUGAACGUCAGGUUGACGAUAUCGUAAUGAUAUAUUCAAAAUAUUUUGGUGAUGAAGUUGAUGUGCCAACAUUUUUAAUUGGUCAUAGUAUGGGCGGUGCAUUAGCUGUACAUGUCGCAUUAUCUGCAAGAAUAAAAUCAGUUGUAGGUUUAUGUGUUAUUGAUGUUGUUGAAGGAACAGCGAUGGAAGCUCUUAAAACAAUGACAACUUUUCUGCAAAGUCGUCCAAAAAAUUUCACUUCUUUAGAAAGUGCAAUCGAAUGGGCCUACAGAUCAGGAACCGCCAAAAAUUUGCAAGCGGCGCGGGUUUCUAUGCCGUCUCAAGUCAAGAAAGUUGAUGAGCAUUAUAUAUGGAGAAUCAAUUUGUUAAAAACUCAACCGCACUGGACGGGAUGGUUUAAAGGAUUGUCAAAACGCUUUUUGAGUUGCAAUGUUCCUAAAUUGCUUAUUCUUGCUGGUACAGAUCGACUUGAUACUGAUCUCACGGUCGGUCAAAUGCAAGGAAAGUUCCAAAAUACUAUACUACCGAAAACCGGGCAUGCAAUUCAAGAGGAUGCUCCUGACAAAUUGGCCCACCUCGAUUUUGACGCCAACCAUCACUCGGCUUAA